GUUACACACCGCAUCCGGCUCUUUGUUUGACGCUAUGUCCGGACAAAUUUCAGCUAAUAUUGCCAAGAAUACAAAAUUAUAAGUUAAUUGCUAGUAGCUAUAAGUUUGUUUGACACGUUUAGCUCAUUUGGUCGAUGCAAGGAACAGUUACUUGUAGUGCUUUGCAGACUUUAUUCUUCUCGUCGUCCCUGUCCGGCCAACUAUUUAGCUACAUAUGGUGGGGGCAGUUCAUUGUUAGCCUAGCUUUAGCCAUGCUCUCAGACUCCGCUUUCACUUGCCUUCUGGGUUGCGGCUUGCUUGCGACAGGGACCACAGCUACUAGCUAGCUUGGUAGCUAGCUAGCUAAGCGUUCUCUCCAUUAUUAACGUUUUUGUGUUCUCCUCUUUGUGCUUUAACGUUUCCUGGACCUCUCGUUUUCUGCCACAUUCCGUGUAACAGCAGCGCUCUGCAGUAACAGCACUUCGUCCGUUUUAACUCAAAACUAGCCAUUAGCUUAGUUAGCAAGCUAACCAGCCGGCUAACUUUGAGGAGACGUAUCUUUGCUUUAUGACAUUUAAGUCGAUGUUGGCAUUGUCUUGAUUCGGGCAGUAUACGUUAACUCCAUUAACUCAAGAAGGUCCGUGAGUGCCUGGUAACGUUUUUCACCACCCAGUAAAGGGCCUUAGUUUUUAUUUAUCUGGUUUGUGGUCGUUUGCUUGCCACGAUGGCUUCUUCCUCUGGAAACGACGACGACCUCACCAUCCCUAGGGCAGCUAUCAACAAAAUGAUUAAAGAAACUCUCCCUAACGUACGAGUGGCUAACGACGCCAGGGAGCUUGUGGUUAACUGUUGCACAGAGUUCAUACACCUCAUAUCAUCAGAAGCCAACGAAAUAUGCAACAAGUCCGACAAGAAGACCAUAUCUCCCGAGCAUGUUAUCAAUGCCCUCGAGAGUCUUGGUUUCGCAUCGUACAUCACUGAGGUGAAAGACGUCCUGCAGGAGUGUAAAACUGUAGCUCUGAAAAGAAGGAAGGCCAGCUCUCGACUGGAGAACCUGGGAAUCCCAGAGGAAGAGCUCCUCAGACAGCAACAAGAAUUGUUUGCCAAGGCGCGGCAGCAGCAGGCAGAGCUUGCCCAGCAGGAGUGGUUGCAGAUGCAGCAAGCCGCCCAACAGGCGCAGAUGGCAGCAGCAUCUGCCAGCGCCGCCCAGCAGGCCGGUUCUUCUCAGGAUGAAGAUGAAGAGGAUGACAUGUGAUCCCAGGAGGGCGCCGUUCAACUUGUCCGAAUCCCUUCUCGGGACAGUGUUGGUGCACAAAUCCCCCCAGAACUGUCACUGGCAGAGACAUGACACGUGUUUCACCGCUCGUACACAUCAGUGAAACAUGGGAAAUGCACAUUUUGAAUGGACAGUGAAGAGAAUGACGAAGGGGGAUUUGAAGAUAGUGACCCGUUCAGAUAUCAGUACCUGAAAAUGAAUUUGGAUUGAGAGGCUGUUAAUGAAGUUUUUGAUUAGUCCCCCCCACACACACACACACCACACACACCAACACAGACAUCCCCCCCCCCCAAGUUGCUUCUGUUUAAUUGUCUUGAUAUUAUGUCAUGAGUAAUUUGUAGAAUUCUGGAUGUGUUGUGGACACAGUGGCAGACCUUGCCUGGGACAUGUCGGUGAAUUUCAGUGAUUUGCUCCUGGAGUUAUUGCACCAGAUAGCUUACCUUUGUUAUCCAUUUUACUAGAUCACUUUGGUGGUUUAGGAGAACUGGUUUAGAAUAAUUUCACACCUGUCAAUUCCUCUUUUCUUAUGGUUUGACAGUCAUUUUUACUGAAAGGGUUUCCCUUACUCCUGUCUUGAUAUAUUUGUUCAACAGAGGAUCAUUUGGGGGGUUGUGAAUAUUGGAAUUGUUUUCGUGAAGUAGGGAAAUAACUUGAUAUUUUGCUUAAUUUUAGCUCGGUCAAAAUAUUUUAUGUUGCAUUCUCCUCUACCUUGAACCAUCCACAGUAUUGCUACUUAGCUGCACCUUUCAGAAACCGAAUAUUUUUGUCUCAUAGAACCAAAGACAGAGGACAGACUAACAGCCCAGACUUAGUGUUUUUUAAAGGUGUAGGUGCUACUGUGAUUCUCAUUGCUGACUCCAGGUCAGGGUAAACAAUGUUAGAGAUUAUCAACCCAUGACUUUGUAAGAUGCUUUGAUAUCCAAGCUGAAUUUGUUAUUUCCCCUCUGCUCGGGUGCAGUAUCAAACAUUUGCAUUGUGACUGUGGUCAGUCCUCAGUGUAAAGACAAGUAACUUAGUUGUGAUACACAUACUUUAAAACUGUAUUCUUUAAGCAAUAAAGGAAUCAUGUUUUAUA